GAAAAUUCCACACAAAUCCCUGGGUGUUGUUGUGCUGUUCUAUAUCUUAGGCCCUAAAUAAAAAGACCUCCGUCACAACCAACCUCUUCGUUUCCUUGUUUGUGUUUUUCUAUAGAGUCAUCCAGAAACCUCCCAAACCUUUCUCUCUCUCUCUCUCUCUGUCUCUCUCUCUCUGUCUCUCUCUCUACUCCUCACUUCACCAUCUGCGUGGAUCGGUCUCAAGAUUAAAUUGGCUAAAGUUUAGCGAGGAUGAGCGUGGUUGGUUUUGAUUUCGGCAAUGAAAGCUGCAUUGUAGCCGUUGCUAGGCAGAGGGGUAUUGAUGUAGUCCUCAAUGACGAGUCCAAGCGUGAAACUCCUGCUAUUGUAUGCUUUGGAGACAAGCAGCGGUUUAUUGGGACAGCGGGAGCUGCUUCAACCAUGAUGAAUCCAAAGAACUCAAUAGCUCAGAUUAAGAGGCUUAUUGGUCGGCAAUUUUCUGAUCCUGAGUUGCAAAAGGAUCUCAAGUCGUUUCCUUUUACUGUUACUGAAGGGCCUGACGGCUUUCCCUUGAUUCAUGCUCGUUAUUUGGGAGAAACAAGGACGUUUACACCAACCCAAGUUUUGGGAAUGGUAUUGUCAGAUCUAAAAAGUAUAGCUGAAAAGAAUCUGAAUGCAGCAGUUGUUGAUUGCUGUAUUGGUAUUCCCGUAUACUUUACUGACCUUCAGAGAAGAGCUAUGUUGGAUGCAGCCACAAUUGCAGGUUUGCACCCACUACGUUUGAUUCAUGAAACUACAGCAACUGCCCUGGCCUAUGGAAUUUAUAAGACGGAUUUGCCAGAAAAUGAUCAAGUGAAUGUUGCCUUUGUUGAUAUUGGACAUGCGAGCAUGCAAGUUUGUAUUGCUGGCUUUAAGAAGGGCCAGCUGAAAAUUUUGGCUCAUUCCUUUGAUCGGUCUUUGGGAGGUAGAGACUUCGAUGAAGCACUGUUCCAGCAUUUUGCUGAGAAAUUUAAGGAAGAGUACAAGAUUGAUGUUUAUCAGAAUGCCAAGGCUUGCCUAAGGCUUAGGGCUGGUUGUGAGAAGCUGAAGAAAAUGCUAAGUGCUAAUCCCGAGGCACCUUUGAAUAUAGAGUGCUUAGUGGACGAGAAGGAUGUCCGGGGAUACAUCAAGCGGGAUGAAUUUGAACAAAUCAGUAUUCCAAUUUUGGAACGUGUGAAAAAACCACUGGAAAAGGCUCUUGCCGAUGCUGGUCUUACAGUGGAUAACAUCCAUACUGUUGAGGUGGUUGGUUCAGGCUCUCGUGUUCCUGCUAUGGUGAAAAUUUUGACAGAGUUCUUCAAGAAGGAGCCUAGGCGAACAAUGAAUGCAAGUGAGUGUGUUGCCAGGGGCUGUGCCUUGGAAUGUGCUAUUCUUAGCCCGACCUUUAAAGUGCGCGAGUUUCAGGUGAACGAGAGCUUCCCCUUCUCAAUUGCUUUGUCGUGGAAGGGCUCUGCCCCAGAUGCCCAGAAUGGAGGGGCUGAAAAUCAACAAAGUACAGUUGUGUUUCCCAAAGGAAAUCCACUGCCAAGUAUUAAGGCUCUGACAUUUUAUCGAUCAGGUACUUUCUCAGUUGAUGUGCAGUAUGCUGAUGCCACUGACUUGCAGGCGCCUGCUAAGAUCAGCACUUACACUAUUGGUCCUUUCCAAUGUGCAAGAGGUGAACGCUCAAAAUUGAAGGUCAAGGCUCGCUUGAACCUGCAUGGAAUUGUCUCUGUAGAGUCAGCAACACUUUUGGAGGAGGAAGAGGUUGAAGUUCCCGUCUCAAAGGAAGCACCUAAAGAAGCUAACAAGAUGGAGACUGAUGAAGCUUCCAGUGAUACUGUUCCCCCUAGUUCCACUGAAGCUGAUGUGAAUAUGCAAGAUGCCAAGGGAACUACUGAUGCUUCUGGUGCUGAAAAUGGUGUUCCUGAGUCGGGAGACAAGCCUGUCCAGAUGGAAACAGAUACCAAGGUUGAUGCUCCAAAGAGGAAGGUGAAGAAAACAAAUAUUCCUGUUGUGGAGUUUGUUUAUGGAGGAAUGAGUCCAGCUGACCUGGAAAAAGCAGUAGAGAAGGAAUUUGAAAUGGCUUUACAAGAUCGUGUAAUGGAAGAGACAAAAGACAAGAAAAAUGCCGUUGAGGCAUACGUCUAUGAUAUGAGAAACAAGCUUAAUGACAAGUAUGAGGAAUUUGUCACCCCUUCAGAGAAGGAAGAGCUUAUUAACAAGCUUCAGGUUGUAGAGGACUGGUUAUAUGAAGAUGGUGAAGAUGAAACUAAAGGUGUUUACAUUGCAAAGCUUGAGGAGCUGAAGAAGCAAGGUGACCCCAUUGAAGAACGAUACAAGGAGCACACAGAGAGGGGAGCUGUGGUUGAUCAACUAGUUUAUUGUGUUAAUAGUUACAGAGAAGCAGCUGUAUCAACCGAUCCCAAAUUUGAUCAUAUUGAUUUAUCCGAGAAACAGAAGGUCUUGAACGAGUGUGUCGAGGCCGAGGCCUGGUUAAGAGAGAAGAAGCAGCAGCAGGAUUCACUUCCAAAAUAUGCGUCUCCAGUCCUAUUGUACGCUGAUGUAAGGAAGAAGGCUGAAGCACUUGACAGAUUCUGUAGGCCCAUAAUGAUGAAGCCUAAACCAGCUCCUGCCAAGCCAGCUACCCCAGAGGCACCACCAACCCCACCUCCCCAGGGCAGUGAGCAGCAACCUCGUGGUGGUGAUGCUCAUGCUAGUUCCAAUAAUGCCAAUAGUGCCGAGACAGCAGCCGAGUCCGGAGAAGCACCUCCGGCCCCAGCUGAGCCAAUGGAGACCGAAGCUACCCCAACUUCUGCAUAGUUCUGUAGAUUAGUGUUUUGCCAUUUUCAUGAUUUUUAUGCUGCAAAGAAAUCGUUUCCCAUGUAUAAGAAACACUUUCUCCUUUCUGCCUGAGACACUUAUUAUGGUGGGGCUAACAACGGUAAGGGGAUCAAAUGGAUGGUUGGUGGCAUGUCAGACUUCAUCAUAUGUAAAGCCAAUUUUAUUUGGUGAUCUUCCAGGUUUUACUACUAUUAAGUGGGUCUCUGGAAUCCGGAUUUUUUUUAGGGGGGUUUUUAAGAGAGAUUUGUUACUUAUUUUUUUUUUACUUUUGUCUGCUCCUUUGUUGUUUGGGAUGAAGGGGAUCAGACCUUUACUUUUUCCUAAGUGUCUUUGUGCUGUCGCUCAUGAGUCUCAUCGUUAUAUUUGGUAUAUUUUUUUCCCUUCUAGAACUAUUUAUUUCGUUUUUCAAAUGAAAUGUAAUACUGCAUUGCAAUGA